UUACCCGCCAUCAAUGGCCCACUGAGGAAAAUCUCUGCGGAACAGGUCUAUGAUUUGAUCAAAGGGCUGACCGUGGACAGGGGUGAGGCCGGAGCCAACGCCACGUACGGUAUCUACACCCAGAGCUGGGAGGAGAACCCGAAGCAGGAGGUCAUGAAGAGGACAGUGGUGGACCUGAUCACUGACUACAUCUUCCUGGUUCCCACCCAGUGGGCCCUGAAUCUGCACCUGCAGAACGCCCGGAGUGGCAAGACAUACAGCUACUUGUUCUCCCAGCCGUCCCGCAUGCCCAUCUACCCCAGCUGGGUUGGGGCAGACCACGCUGAUGACCUGCAGUACGUCUUUGGCAAGCCCUUUGCCACUCCUCUGGGCUACCUG